AGUAAACGAUAUCCCCCCACCCCAUCGGAACAAAAUUAACCGAGAAGAAAAAAUCCCGCACUAACUAACUAACCAACUAACCGCCAGCCACACAUAACGGACCCCCCUGGUGCCCCUCCCCUCGCUUCCUGACGAUCUCCCCAACCCAUCCGCCUAGACUCCGGACGCCCAUCCUCCACAUCCACCUCCGCAGUCUAGCUCUCGAUAUUUUUCUGGUCGUGACGUAGCGGGCUCUUUUGGAUUGACAGGAGGGUGGUGGUGGUGGAUGGAGUGUGAGGUUGCAUGUUGGGAGGAUUGUCAUGAUACUGUAAGAUUACUAGAUAUGAUGGAUGCGUGGACUAGAAUCUUAUCCGGAGGGUUGGUUGAUGCGGGAUUGCGUUUUGGUUUUGGUUUUCGGGCAGAUUUCUCCUCGGUGAGGAGGCGAGUUUGUGGGAUAGAGAGAGUUGAUUUUGGAUCUCCUGUGUGAGGGUGAUGAUGGUACGUACGCGUCGGACGAGGAGUUUAGGAAAGAGAUUACGAAAUCGAAUGUUCAUGGUUGGGACGCGGAGGAGGCAUCAUGAUGGGAUAUAAGAAGAUGUCUUGUUCCUCUGUCAGUUCCUUUUUCCCAAACAUUAUCAUCAACUUCUUCAUACGACGAGAAACUUGAUACUUCACUUGUCCAUUGGAUUUUACAAGAUACACAUUUUCAAAAUGCAGACUUCUUUCCUUGCUGCAGUUGCCACCUUCUUGGCUACCACUUCGGCUCUUCCAUAUGAAUGGAAUGGUGUCAAUGUAUGUCUUUUUUUGUUCCUCCAAUAUUUCCGGGGCUUUUGAAUAUACUCUGUUUUUUCAAUAGCCUUGUAUUCGCCAUACUUUACGUUUUCGUUUCCAUUAGAUCACACAACUGAUCGUUGUAUAGUAUGAGAUACCGAAAAAUACAUGGAAAUCUAGCAAGGUGAGUGCUUCCAAUACAACACUUUCUUCCCGAUCCACAAAGCUAACCUCCUCUUCUCAGUACGAUUCUCCAGCCGAAGGUUGGGAGAACAUGACAGUACGUAUUAGAUCCCGAACCCUCCAAUCCUCCAAAGGAAUGAUAAUGGACUUCGAACCAUACCAGUCCCCCCUUUCAUACUUUUCCCCUCCCAAUUACAAACUCAACUAACCUCAUCCACCCAGCUCGGCGCACCCCAAGGAGGAUGGUCCUCCGUCAAGGUAAAUAAUUUACUACAACACCCUCCUCCCCAUUCCCUCACCAUCACAAACACACCACUAACACCCACAACAGUACCCCGCCCCCGCAGGCGGCUGGUCCUCCAUAAUCUACCCCAACACCGAAAAGCAAAACUUCACAUCCUACCACCACGUCAUCGCCCUAGGCUCCUCCGUGAAGAACGGGACAUACCCACUCCCCGGCCCCGACGACGCAGUGGGAUAUUAUUCCUUCGCCGUGAACUCGGGGGAGAACAAGAUCUGCUAUGUAACUUCCUCCCUCUCAUCCCUCCCAUCCCCCGCAUACCAUCUCCAGAACGACGUUUAUGUAAAAAAGCGAAAAAGACAAGAGAAAAGGUACUAACAACCCCCAGAAAAUCACCCUCCAAAACACCCCCGGAAACUACACCACCCCGCCCCCUUCCUCGCCCAACUACCACAACAAAACCUCCACCCAACUCUCCUACGCGCCCCAAAACCGCCCCGGUCUCGUGACCCUCUCAUUCCCCAACCUCGUUAGCAACAGCACGAACCCCUACGAUUCGAAGCUCAGGACCUCAGAGGGGUGCAUGACGGGACCCUUUAACGGUACGAAGGGGGAGAGGUUUAAUGUGACGAAGUUCGAGGAGAACCCCGGGAAGUACUAUGUCGAUGUGAAGACGGAGGGGUAUCCGGGGGGUGUGGUGAGAGGACAGGUUGGGGGUGGGAAGUGGGAUGGGAAUGCGUGGGAUUGGAAGUUUGAUGGGAAGACGUGGGAUGGGAGGGGGUGGGUUGGUCAGUGA